AUGCAGAAAACAAAAGGUGACUCCAGCUUUUCGACUAAUAGUCAUAAUAAUGGCAAAUUAUAAGAAAUAGAAAGACACUUUUCGGAAGAUGUAUUAUUAGAAACAGUGGAUUCUACUUAAACUUAUGCGAAAAAGGAAUACAAAAGAAAAUAUUGGAAUUAAAUCACCUAUAUAAGAGCUCUUCAUCAAACUGAAGGUAGAGGAUAAUUCGAUAGAAAAUGGGAAUGUCAAUCUAAAAAAAAUAUCUUGACUACUAUAAUCUUCCCAUUUUUCACUAGAAAAGAGCACCUAAAGAAUGUAACCAUAAUUGUUGGAUACGCAAUUGUGAAACUCUUUAAAGAACUAUACAAUUUGAAUGCAUAAUUGAAGUGGAUGAAUGAUAUACUGAUUAAUUGCAAAAAGUCUGUUGGUAUACUAGUAGAGUCAGAACUAAUAGACAAUAAAUGUGUUUUGUUUGUUGGAAUUGGAAUUAAUGUGAAUUGGUGUACUCAAGGAGCUACAUCUCUUAAAGAAAACUGAGGGAAGGAAGUUGAUCAAAAUUAGCUGUAUUUAGAGUUGAAGGAAAGAGUCACUAAGGCUUUGUAUGAUUUGAAUGACUUUGGUUUUGAACAUUUAAGGGUUAGGAUGAAUAGGAUUUUAUACAGAAGAGGUCAAUUGUGUGAAUUUGAAGAUUCAAAAAUUUUGCAGAAGGUUUAUUCUGGUAUUUUGGAGGAAUUGAACGAGCAAGGAGACCUAGUUAUUAGAGACUAAGUUAAUAAUUAGCGAGCCAUUGUUCCGCCAAAUGUUAGACUAAAAAAGUGA